AAUGGAAAUAGGAGCCACCUGUCACAGGAGGAAGAAGCAUGUAGCAGUUUGUACAGUGUUCCGAAGAUGUACGCAUGCCAACGUACUCAUUCUCUCUUACUCACACAACCGAUUCACUCUCUUCCUUCUUCUUCGUUUCUUCUUCUCCGUUUUUCUUCUAUGCUCCCUAGACUCACCCACAAGCUCAAGCUUCUACACUUACAUUCUUUACCUCCUCCUUCUUCCUUCCUCCUUCGCCGCCGCCACUAUCCUCCUCAAUUUUCCAAAUUCCCAUACUACCCUUCGUCUUCAGCACCCUUUCUCCCUCUCAAACUCCCAAUGGCAUCUUCUUCUUCUUCCUUAUCGCAUUCGCAGCACAAGCACUCCAAUCGCCUAGCUUCCGAGCAAAGCCCCUAUCUUCUCCAACAUGCUCAUAACCCCGUUGAUUGGUACCCUUGGGGCGAAGAAGCUUUUGCUGAAGCGCGCAGAAGAGAUGUACCUAUCUUCUUGUCAAUUGGUUACAGCACUUGUCACUGGUGUCAUGUUAUGGAAGUCGAGUCUUUUGAGGAUGAAGGAGUAGCCAAGUUGUUGAACGAUGGCUUUGUUAGCAUUAAGGUGGAUCGAGAGGAGCGACCAGAUGUUGAUAAGGUGUACAUGACAUAUGUGCAGGCUUUGUAUGGUGGAGGAGGUUGGCCACUAAGUGUUUUUCUUUCGCCUGACUUAAAACCUUUAAUGGGUGGAACUUACUUUCCCCCUGAGGAUAAGUAUGGACGACCUGGCUUUAAAACUAUUCUGAGAAAAGUAAAAGAGGCUUGGGAUAGCAAGAAAGAUUUGCUAGUUAAGAGUGGAGCAGCUGCAAUUGAACAGCUUUCUGAGGCAUUGUCUGCUAGUUCAGUUUCUGAUAAAUUGUCCGAUGGAGUUCCAGAUGAUGCAUUACGUCUGUGCGCUGAGCAGCUCUCUGAGACCUAUGAUUCCAAGUUUGGCGGGUUUGGGUCUGCACCUAAAUUUCCCAGACCAGUUGAGACAAACUUGAUGUUGUACCACUCCAAGAAAUUGGAUGAUACUGGGAAGUUAGAUGGAGCUAAUGCAAAUCGGGAAAUGGUUUUCUUUACCUUGAAAUCUAUGGCAAAAGGGGGCAUUCAUGAUCAUAUUGGAGGUGGCUUUCACAGAUAUAGUGUGGAUGAGUGCUGGCAUGUUCCACAUUUCGAGAAGAUGCUAUAUGAUCAAGGCCAGAUUGCUAAUGUUUAUUUAGAUGCUUUUUCUAUCACAAAAGAUACCUUCUAUUCAUGUGUAGCGCGGGAUAUUCUUGAUUAUUUAAGGAGAGACAUGAUUGGUCCAGACGGUGAAAUCUUUUCAGCAGAGGAUGCUGACAGUGCAGAGACUGAAGGAGCUACAAGAAAAAAGGAGGGAGCAUUUUACAUAUGGUCCCGCAAAGAGGUUGAAGACAUACUUGGAGAGCAUGCUGAUAUUUUUAUUGAGCACUAUUACAUAAAGCAGUCUGGUAACUGUGACCUAUCUAGCAUGAGCGAUCCUCAUGAUGAAUUCAAGGGAAAGAAUGUCCUGAUUGAGAGAGAAGAAUCAAAAGAUCCUUCAGAGAUCGCAUCAAAGUACAGCAUGUCAAUCGAAACAUAUAAAGAUAUUCUUGGAGAAUGUAGGCGUAAGCUGUUCGAAGUAAGGUCAAGGCGGGCAAGGCCACAUUUGGAUGAUAAAGUUAUUGUAUCUUGGAAUGGACUGGUUAUCUCAUCUUUAGCCAGGGCCUCCAAGAUUCUCCUGGGUGAAGCUGAGGGCACUAAGUUCUACUUUCCUGUUGUUGGCACUGAACCAAAGGAAUACAUGCAAAUUGCGGAAAAAGCAGCAUUAUUUAUUAAGAAGCAACUUCACAAUGCUGAAACCCAAAGGCUGAACCAUAGUUUCAGAAAUUCUCCAUCUAAAGCACCUGGUUUCUUGGAUGAUUAUGCUUUUCUGAUCUCUGGAUUACUGGAUCUCUAUGAGUUUGGUGGUGGAAUCAACUGGCUUCAAUGGGCAAUUGAAUUGCAGGGCACUCAGGAUGCUUUGUUUCUUGAUGGGGAUGGAGGUGGAUAUUUCAAUAAUACUGGGGAAGAUACAUCAGUUCUUCUCCGUGUGAAAGAAGACCAUGAUGGGGCAGAACCCUCUGGGAACUCGGUGUCAGCUAUAAAUCUUAUUAGGUUGGCUUCCAUGCUUGCUGAAAGUAAGGCUGAGCACUAUAAGCGAAAUGCAGAGCACCUUCUGGCUGUUUUUGAGAAAAGAUUGAAAGCUUUGCCUAUGGCAGUGCCCCUCAUGUGUUGUGCAGCAGAUAUGCUGCGUGUACCUUCCAGAAAGCAAGUGGUUGUGGUCGGAGAAAGGAAUUCUGAGGAAUUUGAAAGAAUGCUUGCAGCAGCACACGCAUCAUAUGAUCCAAACAAAACAGUUCUUCAUAUAGACCCCAACAACAAAGAAGAGAUGGAAUUUUGGGAACAGAAUAACAGCAACAUUGCUCUGAUGGCGAAAAAUAACCAUGCAGCAAACAAGGUUGUAGCUCUUGUAUGCCAAAACUUCACUUGUAGCCCGCCUGUGACUGAUCAAUCCUCACUUGAUGCUUUACUAUCCAAAAAAUCGUCCUCUUCAUCAACAUGAGAUAUCGGUUCUCACAAGUGGAUGUUAGCUAAAGCUUAGAAGCCAUAUUAUACCCAACUUGUUGGUUCUGACUUCUGUGUCAAAUUAUUUUCUUCAGUGAUAUAGAGAUUACGCUUGUCUUUUUACUCUCUAUGCCAGCAUUGUCUUUCAAAUUUGAUACAGAAUGAUGGAACUCUGUAUAUUUUUAUAGUUAAAGGUUGAAUAAAAUAGUUAUAUAUUAA